UCCCUCUGUGGGAAAGUAGUAUGAACACUUUGUUCAUUAGGUCACGCACGGCUGCAAAUAUCAUUUGAUGUUAUUGGUUCACUGUAAAAGAUGGCGACCGAAACAGACCAACAGAAAAAGGAUAGAAAGGAUCAGAAAAUAGUGCUAACCAACAUCUUUUGUGGCUGUGUUAUGCUGUUUUGUUUCGCUGUGAUCGCUGCUUAUUACCCGUUCCCAAAACCGCGCCUUCCGACUUUGCUCGACAGACUUGUGUUCACGCUUCGAUGGUUGAUAGCUUCGCUGUCCACGGUCUUCGCUGGGAUCAUCUGGGUCGCAAACACGCGAUUCAGAACCUCUGCGAUCAAUCCGUUGAACCAAAGCGGCACUAAGUACGUGGGAAUACGUUCGAAGUAUCUACAGAACACCGUUGAACAAUUCCUGCUUCACUCGUUCAGUCUCGUCACCUUGUCCACUUAUCUUUCUGAGGAGAACAUGCACUUGGUUCCUCUGCUGGUAGUGCUGUCCAGUAUCGCUCGACUUCUCUUCGCAGUGGGCUACUCCAUUGAUCCUCACAAGAGGGUUGGGUUUGUCAUGACAUUUUACCCAACAAUCAUGGUCAAGUGGUCAACCACUGAAAAUGACCAUGUUCGCAGAGCCAGUGACCGCUCUAUUUUUCACUCGUCCGCUGGGGGUAGAGUCGCACAACGGAGAGUCAGUUCCAAAUCUGCCCAGCAUAAAAAGGUGCAGGGCCAACGCUCCUUACAGGUAAAGUAAGGCCUGCCAGGAUUCUUCUCUGAAUGUGACCGGCCCUCAAGGCGCUAGGUUUCUUGUGUUGACAGAGCGGAGCAUCUUUCCCCGUAAACGCGCCGGACACCUCCAACUGCACUGCUCUCUCGUACGAUGACAAAUCCGCCAGCGAACAGAAAUAACCGCACGAACGAUUGGAACACCUCACGUAUUCUGCUCCAUUGCUGGAAGCCACAAACUGUUCCGGCUGUUUUUUCUGGCAUAAACCGCAUGAAGUCAUCUUUCGGAACGGCUAGUCAUCAAUCUAAAAGAAGAAAUUCACAGGGGCUGUUUUUAAUACAGACUUCUGUGCGUGAAGUCAGUCCCCAUACCCCCGAGCGAGUAGGGGGCAUUAAAGCCCCAUACUCCCGAGGGAGCAGGGGGUAUUUAAGGGCCCAUACCCCAAGCGAGCAGGGGUAUUUAAGCCCCUAGGCCUAAGCCUUAGCCUACGCCUAACCCUAAGACCGAUGAGGACUAAACCCUAACCUCUAGACCGAUCUAACCGCAACCUCGUGACGUCAUCGAAUCCAAUUUUUCCUGGUUUUUAGUACCACCCGAAAAACUUGGCCUUUUUUCAUCACCUUGGGUGGAGGCCGUGACGUCACGAUUUCUCGAACUUUUAUUGGCGGCCAUCUUGAAUAUAUUCAUUUGCCGCCCACUUAACCCAACCUAUGCCACCCACCCACCAGUUUGACCGCCUGACCCACCUGGUGACGUCACGGUGACAUCACGUUUUCUCGAAUUUUUAUUGGCGGCCAAAGUUGGCGUCAGCGGUGGUAAUUUGGCGGCUAUACUACUACUCAUGUAACUCGAGUCGCCGGUUACAAAACAUCAGUUUAUCUCAAAAUUCGUAAAAACGAAAGUAAUUCUCCAUAACUGUUUUCUGAUAUUUUCCCCCCAAAUAUGGCCAAAUGUUAAGCUGCAUUUUGUUUCUUUUUCCGACAUGUUUGAUUACUGAUCAUGAAAUACUGAAACAGCUAUAUUACUGCUGUCACGCUCGCACCAAGAGGAAUGAAGCUUGACCUACCCUUCAUCUUCUCUUGCACUAAAUAGACAAGUGGCCGCUUAAAAAAGGGUGUGUUUGCCAGAAAAUUGACUUUGGGUUUGGAAAAAGAGGUCAUUUAGGAGCCGCUGCGUCCGACUAUCGAGUGACUUUCGCGCCGGCUAAACCCUAACUGGUAUAUCAUGACUUCUCUUUAGUGUGGUUGCCACAGAUGUAACUUAUGCUUGCAUUGGUC